AUGCGCAUCUGUUCUCUGUACUCCAUGGGCAGGCAAUUUGCGAAAAGUUUCCUCUGCAGUCGUUUCCCUGAAGCUUAUUGGGUUUUACGAGAAGACUUUCUGCCUCGGAGUGCUUUUGGAGUUCUGGGUGAAAAAGGGUAUUAUGUGCGUUUCUCAGGAGAUGGGGUUGGAACUUUGUUUGAGUGUCUUUUCUACUGGAUGAUUCCCCCCGUUCGUCAUGAAGGCGCCGUCAUUUGUGUUUGA